AUGUUUCAACAGUUUAUGACUCACCUUGGCACUCGCACUCAACUCGCCCGAGUCUCGCCCUUAAUUCAUCGCCCCAAACCGCUUCUCGCAAUAUCAGUUUCUUGUUCCCAAACCCUCUCUCUCCCCCAAUUCUCUACCAAACCCUCCACCCUCGCCCGCCGCCGAACUCACACUCUCUUCCGCCCGGCGAUGGACGUGCAACCACCGGAAUCCGCCGCCUCGGGCGAGGACUUCGUCCACGUCGCGGAUCUGAAGAUGGAGAGCCUGACUGAGAGCAUGGUUCGAAUUGACGAGCCCUCCGACGCCGACGCCGACGCUGCCUCUUCUGCGCCGGAGGCCACGCCGGAUUCCGAUCGCCAUCCGGCCACGCUUCCAGAGGAGCUCUCCAGAAACGUGCUCGUCCUCUCGUGCGAGUCUGCCGCCGAAAGCGGCGUCUGCGACGUUUACUUGGUUGGAACCGCUCACGUCUCCGAGGAAUCAAGCAGAGAAGUUCAAGCUAUAGUGAAUUUUCUGAAACCGCAGGUUGUCUUCCUAGAAUUGUGCUCGAGUCGUGUUGCAGUGCUUACCCUUCAAAAUCUCAAGGUACCCACUGUGGGAGAAAUGGUUACAAUGUUGAAGAAAAAACAUAACAUGUUUGAAGUGCUUUAUGGCUGGUUCCUUGCCAAGAUUGCUAGUAAGCUUGAGGUCUUUCCUGGCUCUGAGUUUCGUGUGGCAUAUGAAGAAGCCAUCAAGUAUGGUGGCAGAGUGAUUCUUGGUGACCGCCCUGUACAGAUUACAUUAAGGAGAACAUGGAGUAGGAUGCCACUUUGGCAUAAAACGAAAUUGUUGUACUCUUUACUUUUCCAGGCAGUUUUUCUACCCAGCUCUGAUGAUCUUAACAAUAUGCUGAAGGAAAUGGAUGACAGUGACAUGCUAACUCUGGUUAUACAGGAAAUGAGUAAGGAGUUUCCAACUUUAAUGGAGACUCUUUUGCACGAACGAGAUCAGUAUAUGUCCUCCACAUUACUGAAAGUGGCGAGUGAAAAUAGCUCAGUUGUUGCUGUUGUUGGAAAGGGUCAUCUACAGGGAAUAAAGAAGUAUUGGAAGCAACCUGUCGUGAUGAAUGAUCUCAUGACAGUUCCAUCUCCUAAGCCAGCUAUAUCUGCAAUAAAAAUCUUUACAUCUGUUGGUGUUGCCGUGGCAGGAGUGGCCAUUAUAUCGGGCAUCUAUCUUUCAUUUGAGUCAAUCAUCAACAAAGUUGAUGCAUAA